AUGAAGAUAGCAAUGCGCCCACUGAGCGCUGCACUGCUUGCAGGAUCGCAAUUGACGACAGCACUGUACACCAAUGGCUCAGUCAUAGCGCCGUGUGAUUCGCCAAUUUACUGCUAUGGGGACCUCUUGAGGGAGAUCGAGCUCGCGCGCCCAUUCGCCGACUCGAAGACAUUUGUUGAUCUACCGACCAUUCGGCCGCUGGAUGAGGUCCUCGCAGCCUUUCAGAAUCUCUCACGACCUAUCCAGAACAAUACCGCGCUCAACAACUUUUUGACUACCUAUUUCGGCAAAGCCGGCUCAGAGCUCGAGCCACUCCAGCAAGACCAACUAGAAGUGCAGCCCGAUUUUCUGGAAGCCGUCAACAGCUCCGUUGUUGAAGACUUCACUCGCCAAGUUAUUGACAUCUGGCCGGACUUGACGCGGCAAUAUGUCGGAGCUGGGAACUGCACUGGGUGUGUCAGCUCGUUUUUGCCUGUGAACCGGACAUUUGUGGUAGCUGGAGGUCGAUUCCGCGAGCCUUACUACUGGGAUUCGUUCUGGGUUAUCGAAGGAUUACUCCGAACUCAAGGAUCCUUUACGCAAAUUGCUGAGAACAUUAUCGAAAACUUUUUAGAUCUUGUCGAAGAGAUCGGUUUCGUUCCGAAUGGCGCCAGAAGAUACUACGAGAAUCGCUCACAACCACCGCUUCUUACACAGAUGGUCCGAGUUUACGUCGAGUACACGCAGAACUACACUCUGCUCGAACGCGCCCUGCCGAUUCUGGAAUUGGAAUACGAUUUCUGGGUGACCAAUCGAACCGUCACGCUCGAGCGUGGAGGAAGAAAUUACUCGCUGAACCACUACGCGGUUGCAAAUACACAACCACGACCAGAAUCGUACUAUGAGGACUACGUGACCGCCAACAACCAGACAUACUUCAAUGAGGAAGGCGAACAGUUCAACAACUCCCGACAGCUCAAUGACACCCAGAAGGCGACGCUAUACGCCAACUUGGCUUCAGGGGCGGAAUCAGGCUGGGACUAUUCGAUGCGUUGGGUCGCCAACCCAUCUGAUGCCAUCAACGACAACUCCUUCCCUCUGCGAUCUUUGAAUACCAUCAACAUUCUCCCUGUGGACCUGAAUUCGAUCUUGUACUAUAACGAAAUUACAAUCGCCGACUUCCACAAGCGCGAAGGCAACUACAGCGCCGCCCGCGAAUGGGCCGGCCGAGCAGCAAACCGUAGCGAGGCAAUGACCACGCUCCUCUGGAACGCCGAACACUACAGCUACUUCGACUACAACCUGACCUCGAGUUCUCAGAAUAUCUACACCCUCGCAGACAACACCAGCACUCCCCUCUCCACCACCGGCGCGCCCCCCGGCCAACAAAUCUGGUUCCAAAUCUCCCAAUUCUACCCCUUCUGGACCGGCGCCGCACCCUCCAGCAUAAAAUCCGACCCCUCUGCUAUGCGCCGCGUCUUCGCCCGCGUGUCCGAACUGCUCAACUCACGCGCUGGCGCCAUCGCUGCUACAAACUUGGUCACCGGCCAGCAAUGGGACGAGCCAAACGUCUGGCCACCGCUGCAGUACAUCCUCAUGCAAGGCCUGCUCAACACGCCCGUUGAAGUGACUGCAGACGACGACGAGGAAACGACUCAAGACUACGUCUGGACGCAAGACCUCGCCCUCUCGCUCGCGCAACGCUACCUCGACAGUUUAUACUGCACGUGGCGCGUAACCGGCGGGGAGACGGAAGACGUGCCCAAAUUACCUGGCGCGCAGGGCAACGGGACGAUUUUCGAAAAGUACGCGGAUGAAAGCACAAAUGCGGCGGGUGGCGGCGGGGAAUAUGAGGUGGUGGAGGGGUUUGGGUGGAGUAAUGGCGUGCUGAUUUGGGCGGUGGAUACGUUUGGCGAGAGGUUGAAGACGCCCGAGUGUGGGAAUGUUACGGCGGCGGAUACGGGGGGGAAGAGGAAGAGGAGGGCGGUGGAGUUGGAGAGGAGGGAUGCGAGGUGGGUGCAGAACGUGAAGGAGGUUAGGAAGUUUAGGUGA